AAUGUUUCUGUUUGUUCGAAAUUUACUGUAGUGCUUCAUAAUUGCAAUGGUUAUUUACACAGUGCUCUAUUUUAGAUAUUUUAUUGUUAGUAGAAAAGUUGCUUUUGUUUAGUAUGUUUCGCACAAAACCGUUAAUUUCUUUAUCCGCGUAGCGUGAGGUUAGUGACAUUGAGAAGGUAGGAUGAUAUUAGCGAACUAGCAAAGGAAGCGAAACACCAAUUUAUCUGAGUGAACCCUCGUAUUCGUCGAUAUUUGGUUGCCGAUGAUGUUUUUGUGAUGUAGAUUUCAUUAGGCAAUAGAAUAUUGCUUAAGUUUGCUUAUAUUUAGGAGGGUAAUUUGUGUGGUAGAAUGUGACCUUGUGAUUCUCCGGCUGGAAGUGAGGAGGCAGCUUGAGCUAACCUUUGCCUAGUGCUAACCGUAUAGCCUGCUUUUAGUUAUCGUUUCAUCAAAACCAAUUGAAAAACCCAUUCGUGUAGCUCGAACGGAAUUUGUAAUUACCCAGUAAAAAUGUUGGCAUCCAGGGUAUUAUCACUCGUGGGAAAACGGGCCCUCUCCACCUCCGUUUGCCUGCGUGGUAGCCAUGGAGUUGCCAAGGUGGAAGACUAUGCACUUCCGGCGUAUUUCGAUAGACUGGAUGCACCCCUUCCUGAAGUCAAGUACGUGACCAGUCUGAGUGCAGAGCAGAAGGCUCUGAAGGAGAAAGAGAAGGGAUCCUGGGCCAAACUCUCCAGCGAGGAGAAGAUAGCAUUGUACCGCAUUAGUUUCAACAACAGCUAUGCUGAAAUGAACGAGGGAUCAGGCGAGUGGAAGAGCGUCGUGGCUGGGAUCUUCUUCUUUCUUGGUUUCACCGGCCUGCUUGUCGCCUGGCAGAGGAAGUUUGUGUACGGCGACGUUCCCCACACCUUCAGUGACGACUGGAAGCAGGCUGAGGUACAGCGCAUGCUGGACAUGAGGAUCAACCCCGUCGAGGGUUUCUCCUCCAACUGGGAUUACGAGAACAAGCAGUGGAAGAAGUGAAGCGCCUGGAUUAAUUAAUUUGUGUAUCAUUUCUCAAUGUUACCUCAGUCAGAUACAUUCUGGAAGGCUUCUUCCUCUUAAGGUUCACAUGUAACUUAAAGCAAAUAAAAUUUCUGUGUUUCCCUGAA